AUGACGUUUUCCAAAUGGAAACUCUUAAACUUUACACGAGAGGCAAAAGAAGCGACACACGAGGCGCUUUUUGUGGCUGUGCUGGUUGCAUCCACGCCAAGGAGGUUCAAAUCCGCAUUCCAGCCAUUCACUAUUGCGCAGCCGAGUGGCUGGCUGUUUCAUUUUAAGCUCUCUUCCAAAGCUUCCUGGGAUCCCGAACAAAAGGAGUACGGAAGGAACGAGCCAUCUAGUGCCGGGCACUUGCAUCAUAUCUCGGAUUGCAACCAGAUUGCGGGUCUUGUUGUCGAUAAGCUUCAUGACGUUGAGAAUCCGUCGUGGAUCUAUUCCGCCAGCAGGAUGAAAAGGCCAAACCGUGACAGUGAAGAGUCCGACGACGCGGGCAGCGGGUCCUCUGGAUCUUUUAUUACGAGGAUUAUCGCCCCUUUCUUCUCAUCGAGGUCUUUGCAAGAUACAUCAGAGUCUUACAAAAGGCCCAAGCAUGACCACGAUCACAUUGAUUUGACCGCUGCCGAGAACAGUGCGGGGAGUGAAGACCAGGAGCCCACCUUUUCGUCCGACGAGGAGUAUGCGCGAUGGCUGCAGGCGCAAUUCGAUAUGGAAACUGAGCAAGCUCACAAUGACGCAUCCCUAAUCGACUUGACAUCUCAGGAUGAAGCCUCAAUCCAGGGGGACGCACUGGAUAUUAGCAAUGACGAAGAAUUAGCACGGAGGCUUCAAGAAGAAUGGAACCUGGAACCUGAAGAUGAAGAAACUAGGCGACGACAUGAGGAAGAGGAAGAAAACCGCAGGCGACAGGAAGAGGCAGAUGCUGCAUUUGCUCGAGAGUUGGCUGAGGAGGAACAGCGUAUGGAUCGUGAGCUUGCUGGCGAACCCCAGCCAGUAACCGCGGUAGAGCCUGACUAUUGGGACGAUGACAUUGAAGACGAACCAAUGAAUCUGACCUCCUUGGAUGCAAGGGAUAUCGAGGAUAUGUUCAAUGCGGCUUUCGGUGGUACACAUGUCCCGCCAGCGCCCUAUCCUCCGCAGCUACCUGCGACAUCACCUAAUAACAAUCCCACACCGGCAACUUCCUCAAGCAGUGCGCUACCCCCUCAACUGCCACCAGUCUUCCCAGCAACGCCAAGCCACUAUCAACAUUUUGGGGAAAGUCCCCUUUCAUCACCUUUCAAACCAUCUCCGUUUCACGCACAACCCAGUGUGGCGGACCUUGCCAAGCGGGCCCUUCUUCUGCGUUGGUCCUUUCAGACGACUUGA